GCGUGGGCGGCUCAGGAUGCAUAGAAAAAACACAGCUAACCUGGCUGAAUAGACGACUGUCACGUCUAGCAGAGGCUGAUCAGACGAUAUGUCCUGCUGAAGACACACAGUGAGCAGCGAAAAUCCAACCGAACUGUGUUAAAGCAGAGAUCGCGAGAAGCGAAUGACAACUGAGGAACAGCAGCGCAAGCAGACCUUAUAUUCGCUCAGGUAAGGGGGUGGGGCCUUACCUGGCAUUGGCUGCGCGCUUCUGUCUGUCUAGCCAGACUUGGUGCAAUUAGAUGCUUCUGCAGAGGUCAGGUAUGGAUGCCCUUCCCAUAGGUGGAUCUCGAAACGAGAUGAUGAAAGAGAACUCAAGACGAGAAAAUAGUGCUGUCUGCAUAAAUGCAGUUUUAAAGUUUGAAAUUAUUCAAAAUCUAAAUUCAUCACAAUUUCAAAAUGAUCAACAUAAAAAUACAAAUCACCUCAAUAAAAAUGAUCGCUCACCAACCUAAAGCACAGUCCAGCGGAGAAGCUCGAGUUUCUCUGCAGAUACCCGCAUAAUAUUUAACAAGAUAAACACUUGAACAAGCAUUUACCUAUUUUUUUCCUUAAUAAAAACGUUGUAAAUAACAUAAACAUUAUGAACAUAUACCGACCUAAUUGUUUAUGUAUGGUCUUUUUAAUGUAAUGUGAGUCUGCUUUAUUGGCAGGUUUUUUGUUCGGUCUGCAAGAGCUUGUUCAAAUAAUCAUUUUUGAGCUCACAUUUUUUGUAAGUCAUAUAGCCUAACUGAAAAAUGCCUUGCUGUAUCCUGUGCAUUUUGUAGUUGCAAAAAUACAGACACAUUUUUACUUUGUUACAACUCUGCUGCGUUCCGUUUUAAUUUGCACUAAAGACGCAUAAACAAUUUGCUUUCAGUUAUUUUCAUAGUAUCUUAUAUGUAGCAUAAGCUGGCUGAACGUAGGCUAAUCCUUCUCUCAUUAAAGGAGAAAAGAAGCCUACCUUUCUUUCUUAUUGUUGGUCGUUGUUCUGCAUUUACAUAUAAAUAAAUAAAAAGUAUUUAAUUAAACAUUUAAUAAACAACAAUUGUAUCUACAUAAUAAUAACCCAUCAACAGAGCUUAUUUAGAUGUAUUUGGCACUAAUAAUAGAAGUUGGCAAUAAAACCAAACCACACCUAAUGAGUCACCUAAAAACACUGCAAGGGAAAUUCCUUUACAGAAACAGCUAUCCACGAUUAAAACAACUAACAUUACAUUACAGAAGCCUAAGUUCACAUGUCUUUAUGUGUAUAUGCACACAGACACAUUAUGCCUGCAUUUUCCAAAAUCUGUGUAUGCAAAGGCUGUUAUAAUUCACAGGGUAAAAAUAAGUCUAUUUGGGAUUCACCGCUGAAAGUCUUGUCAUAAUUUAUGUAGGAUAAUAGAGUACAUCAUAUGCCUGCUACGUAUCUAGAAAAACAAAUCACUUACUGUAUGAUAGGUCAUAGGUAAGCAAAGCUUUAUAAGACCAUGUGAAUUAGCCACCUCAUAAAAUUGUUACAAAUUGCCAUUGGAUUGUGUUGGUCUGAACCAAUUCUCAGGAAUGCAGUUUGCCUGGUCCAUAGUUGUGCUUGCUCCUUUUCUUCAAGUUCACCUGCAAGUUCACCACAAGCCACAAUAGUUUAACCACAAGAGCUCUGCACAAAUUUUUUUAUCCCAGUAUAUAUUUAAUGAAAAUAUGCAUCUUAUAACUAGUAAGUAGUUAGCUAUAGUUCUACUACUAAUUAAGUAGGCCUAUAUAGUAACUAAUUUACUAUCAAGAAUUACUAAGGGUAACUACACUAAAGCUACUUAAUGGGUCUUUUUUAAAUAACUAAAAAUUUAAAGGGGUCAUAUUGUACGGCUAAAACGAAUAUUAUUGUUUGUUUUAGAUGUAACACAAUGUGUAUACACCAUUUAAAGUUAAAAAAAACAUUGUAUUUCCACAUUCCGUGCAUGUUUGUAUCUCCUCUUUGCCCCACCUCUCUGAAACGCGCUGAUUUUUUACAAAGCUCAUCGCUCUGAAAAGCGAGGUGUGCUAUGAUUGGCCAGUUCACCAGUGCGUAGUGAUUGUUCAAAUACUGCAAGCAUUUCACGGAAAUGUAACGCCUCUUACCAUAUUCGGAACAUCAGGUUCAAAAGCAAUUGUACUGACAGACGAUACAAUGAGAUUUACAAUUACGCCCACCUUAACUACGUGUAGAUUUGGGCGGUCUUAGUCAAAUCGUGUUACGAAGUUACGUAGAUUCGCCGGGGUGUGGUUACACGAGGCGUUUCAGGCAAGUCUGGUUGAGCAUUCGCUUUUAGAUAGAAUGCAUCUUUUGUUCCCACACUUUCAUUUGUGCAAUUGUACGUGUGUAAUACGUGCAUGGGCAACUUAUAACACACCAAAAACACAGAAAAACACGUACUUCUGCCAUAUGACCUAUUUAAACAAACAUUUUGGGAUUGACAAAAACAAAGUCAUGCAAUAUAAAUAUCAUGAAUAUUAUUUGACUUUCUAAACUGACUAAAUACAGACACAGUAGUCGAAGUAUACAGUAUAUAGGCUAGUUGUGAGGAAGCAAUCAAUAUUUUUUGUAAUAUAUUUAGUUAAACUUAAGCUAAAAAACAAAUCAAAUAUGGCAGCAUGGUAAUAACCUCAAUUCUCACUGGUUCUUGUAUGACAUUUGUAUUUGUAAUGACAUUUAAAGUUAUCGAUGUGUGGCCAUAAUUGAUUUUAACUUUAAUAUGUGGUGUUUUUUUUCCAAUUUUCAAAAUGAUAAUCGCUAUAUCAAUACAUAACAAAAGAUAGUGGUAGUUUUAGUUUGUGGUGGUUUGACGUAUGGUGGUUUGACUAGGCCUGUAUGACUUUCUUCCGCAUAGGCAAAAGAAGAUAUUUUUAAUAAUGUUGGUAACCGAACAAUGGCGGUACCCAUUCACUUCUAUUGUGUGGACACAAAACUAAAGCACUGUUGUUCGGUUCCAAUAUUCUUUAAAAUAUUUUGUUUUGUGUAGAAGAAAGAAAGUCAUACAGGUUUGAAAUGACAAGAGGGUGAGUAAAUGAUAACAAUUUUCAUUUGUGGUGAACAAUCUUUUUAAUAUAUCCAUAUAGUCAUACAUCAAAUAAAAACAAGCCACUGUAAACUGAGCUCCUCGCUCAACAAAGCAAUAAAACAACCAGGCAGAACUGUGCCUUUCUGUUGCCUGGAGACAGGAAAACAAAGCUAUCCUCACGUCUGUUAUAACAAUCUCAUAAAAGCAGCAACAAACCGUACUCUCUACUCAGAGGAAAUUAAGUAAGUCAGGUUUACUCUGCUGGUUUAUACUUACAGGGUUUCUAAUAGAAGCCUGUGAAUUAUUUAGCUACACGGAAGGACUCCUAACAUGAGAACACAGUCUAUGACACUUUUAAAUGUGACUGUCUUUGGCUUUAAACUGGACUGAGAGAUAGAGACCCAAUCACAGCAGACGCAAUGGUUAAGGGGAAGAAGAAAUCAAAUGAACCGUCAGGUAAAAAAAUCACACUCAAAAUGGCCAAAAAUGCAUUGAAGGUAACCAUAGAUGGAAAACGUCGUCUCGACCUCAGCAACAUGGAGAUUGCCACCUUUCCAAAGUGUAUCCUGAAACUUUGCGACGUGGAUGAACUGGAUCUUAGUCGCAACCAGCUCAAGAAGAUCCCAGACACCAUUGACCAGUUUGUGAAACUUCGCUGGCUGGACCUGCACAGCAAUCACAUUGAGCAGAUACCUGCAUCUAUGGGCCGUUUGCAUAAUCUCUACAGUCUCAAUUUGUGCAACAAUCAUCUGACCACACCUGGCCUACCCCACGAGCUGGGGCUUCUGAGGAACCUACGCAUCCUCAACCUAGGAAUGAACCGCAUAGAGACCCUAGCUCCCUCCAUGGCUGCGCUCAAAGAACUUCGAGAACUGGGGCUCUUCAACAACUUCCUAACACAUUUGCCAAAGUUCCUCCAGAACCUCCCAAAGUUGCAAAAGGUGAACAUCAAAUCCAACCCCAUUCCCACAGAUGACUUAGAAGUGGACCACAUCCAGAGAGUCGAAUGUCUUUAUCUAGUGAGAGAAGAGUGUCUGUGUGCUGACUGCUUAAAAAUGUGUAAGAAGGAAAGAGAGAGGUUAGAGAGUCGAAUAAGUGCAGCUUCUAAGCAAAAGAAGUCCAUCUUUGCAGGUCUCCUUACGCCAAAUUCUGUGGCACAAGACAACCAGGCAGUGUGGAGGUGAAUGACAGACAUCAAAGUGCUUUUGCAUUGAACAUUGCAAUACUAUUAGCACCAGAAUUGAUUGUCAUAUUGAAAUCACAAUAAACAGACAAAAUAUCUGAAUAAAGGUUUAAUUUAUUUGAGUGCAAA